AUGAUCACUACGGUGGCAUGUCUGCGAAAUUUGAGGGGACCGUUUAUUGCAGUGAAGUUUGUUUUCGUGUCUUCGGAAGUGACAGCAAAGCUUGUUAGGUUGACAUUUGGUCAAUCAAUUUCUCUCGUUCCUCUUCCUACGAAUGUUUUCACUCGUGUUCAUGGUUACGGUAUUUUACUAGUUGAUGCUAACCAUUGCCCUGGGUCUGUUAUGAUAUUGGCCCGUCUCCCCAACGGCGACAUUAAUCUUCACACCGGUGAUUUCAGAGCCCAUGCUGGUAUGCUACAGGCACCAGGUGCUUUAGCAGACUUCGUCCAAAAUGGAUCAUCGGGUCAGAGGAUUGGUACACUCUAUUUGGACACUACUUUCUGUGCUCCUCACUAUGCGUUCCCAGAGCAGGACGUAGUGGUUAGAGCGGCAGUAGAAAUAUCUCGCGAAGCUCUCCUCAGAUAUCCUAAUGCGCUUGUGCUAUGCGGCAUGUACACUAUUGGAAAGGAACGGUUUGUCGUUAGCCUGGCUGAGCAAUUGGAGGCAAAGGUUUGGCUACCUGCUAAACAGCUUGGCCUUGUGGCAGCGGCUGCAGAGGGUGGAUGUGAGGUGUGUCGCCGCCUCCUCUCGCGCACCGUUACCGCCCCAUCUGAGGCGCUUAUCCACGUGGUUGGUAUGGGCAAGCUCAACCCUCGCGCCGUACUCGCCAGCUUCGUGCCCACUGGCAGACCUAUCAUUGCCUGGAAACCCUCGGGGUGGAUGUACAAUCCGCUAAAGAGGGUCACAGAUACGACGCUCCGACGGCUGCCAUGUACUCCUCAGACAUUUUUACGUCUGAAGCAUUGCGUCUCUAUCGAAAUGAUCGCGAAAACUGUUUACGUUUUCGGAGCUGCUUAUAGUGAGCACAGUAGUUUCACUGAACUAAAGGACUUCGUAACCAAGUUGAAGCCUGUGGAAGUUCUACCUACCGUUUUUGGUGGAGCGGCCAAGGAUGCACGCAAGCAUAUCAACGAAUGGCUGCAGUCUAAUGAGGCAACUAGAAAUUCCUCCGGCAAGCUCUGA